AUGUCCUCCUCCUCUUCCUCCGGGCGACAAAGACGACGGCGAGCGAUUGUUUUCUGUUUUUGUGCCGUCCUUUUCGUCUCGUUUCUUUUUAGCGCGCUCUUUUCAUCACGCGAUGAUGUUUUUCAUGGUGAUGAUGAUUUCGCGGGGAAAUCAUCAUCAUCAACUUCGGUCGAUGAUGAUGCGUUAAACGAGGAUGAUGCCACGAGGAUGAUGCAAAAGAAACAGCAGCAGCUUUUAAUCCACAGAGCGAACAACCGGCACGCGCGAUCGUCCACGGUUUCCUCGUCGAUUGUUCUCGAAAAAACGGAAGAAUACGCGGAAAAAAUCGAGGACGUGUUGGAACCGUAUUACAGGCAAGUGUUUGGGAAGUUUGCACAGAUGAGCGGGUUUGGCGCGAGCGCGGGUGAAGAGGAGCAAGAGGCUUUAAAGAAGAAAGAGGAGGAAGAUUUAGAUGAAGUGGACAUGGGAACUCCGUUAAUCGAGGACGACGCGUUGGAGCAAGAGAAUCAGGAUUUAGAGAGAGUAAACACGGAGGAAGAGGACGGUACCGAACCGAUACCGGCGGAAUCCGUCAAGAUUAAAUACAAAGACAAGGAGAAACGAGAGACGUGCGAACGGGAAGACGUGGCGAUACGGACGAAGAGUUUAAAUAGAAACGAACGGAAUCGGAUUCAGCAGAUUAAGCCGAGGAAGUUUUGGGUGGCGAGAGAUGAAGCCGCGAACGGAAGGAAGUAUUCGCACAUGGCGACUAUCGGGAGGUGGAACGUGAACGCGACGAAGAAAGGGUUCGCCGUGGCGUGGCAAUCGAGUAGCGGCAUCGAAGGCAUACGAGGCCAGUCGAUUUUGAUUUCCUACGCGGAGGAUGUCGAUCAACCGUGGUCGAAACCGAAGAGAGUGUCGAGCAUGCAGAACGUGAAAACGGCGGUGUGGUCGCCGGUGCUUUUUAACCCGCCAAACGAGGAGAACGGUUUGUGGUUAUUUUACACCGAGUCGCAAAACUGUUUGAGACCGGCAAGGGAGAACAAGAGCGGAUCGAAAAUCCCUCCGAGAUUUUCACCAGGAGGAGACGUGAAAGUGACAAAAUCGAGAGAUGGUGGGAAGACGUGGUCGGAACCGCAAGAAGUGCACGCGCAAAGUAAAGAAGAUUCACCAGGGAUGCCGAAAGUGAUUGCGAAUAGAAUCACCGUGCACACGCAGACCGGGAAUUGGGUUUUGCCGUAUUGGAAGGAGAAAGCGGAAUCGAACGCGUGCAGGCAACCAAAAUCGCCCGCUUCGCACGGCGUUUUAGUUUCUAAAGACCAAGGGAAGAGUUGGCAACCGAAAGGGAAGAUUAGAGUGGGCGGGACGUGGUUGAUUGAAGGCGCGGUUGUAGAAAGGAGAGAUUAUUCGCUGCAACUGUUUUUUCGAACGAGUAAAGGAAAAGUGUACACCGCGUUUUCCUGGGACGGUGGAGAUACGUGGACCGGGGCAAACCCGACGACGGUACCAAAUCCGGAUUCGAAAAUGGACGCGACCUCAUUUCCCGAUACGAGAGAGAUUGUCGUCGCCUUUAACGAUGCCACCGAUAAGAAUAAGAUCAACAAAGGCCGGUGUCGAUUACGCGUUUCGAUUUCCUGCGACGGCGGCGUUGGGUUUAAAACCAUCACCGAACUCGAAGAAGGGAGCUUGAAGAUGUAUAUACACUACCCAACGGUCAUUACCGACGGAGAUCGCGCUAUUGUGGCGUACUCGUUGAUGGGCCACCCGCACUUGCGUCAAGGGGAUAUUGGAGGGAUCAAAAUCGCCGAGGUGAAAUUCAAUCCGAAGAGUUUCGAAAGGAAGAAAUACGAGCCGAAAGUUCAACAGGUGGAAGAAGAGAAGAUCUCGUCGUCGUUAUCAUCAUCUUCUACAUCAUCAGAGGAAGGAGGAAGGGUAGAAGAAGGGGAUAUAGCCGUGAAAACGACGCUUUCGUACGAGCUGGACGGCCUCUGA